CGUCCAUCCGCGAUUGUCACAUCCAGUUUGUUUUCAUUGUUCGUUCCAGUCUGACGUGUUUUGUCUGUGAUCAAGAGAGGUGCUGCGCGAGUUACUGACUGAUCCAAGUGACUAAUCAGUGCAAGCAUCCACAGUGCAACCCUGUGACUAAGCCUGAGCUGCCCGUAGCCCACAUAGAUAAGAGCCGCAUUGGCGUCAGAGAGGAUUCCAAGUCCAACCAUAUCAAGUGCUGCGGCCAGCUAUCCGGACCUCAGUGAACAAAAGAGGAGGCACCUUAUUUGUGUUUUUUGAGUGAUCUAACCAAAGAGAUUGUUUGUGAUAAAACAUCAACUGUGAUCGCGCGCGCAAUUCAUGUCUUCCACCACGCGGCGGCGGCGGCGGCGAUCAUAAGCCGAAAACGAGAUUCUGUUGUCAGAGUCGCAAAUUUUAGGGGUGAUUGUAAAUCCAACGUGACGUGAUUAUCUUUCUCUCUCUGCUCUACUCUGCCCUACUCUCCUCAAUUCGGGAUCAAUAUUUGUCCGGCGCAUUAUCAAGCCUCGCGCGGGUCGUUAGCCGCCGGCUUAGGGGAUCGAGAGACAGAGACUAGAACCCUGAUAAUCUGCUCAUUGAGGAGUUCUGGGUUAUCAACUCGGUAGUUUUGUCGCGGUGCCAAAAGUACGCAAAACGAUGGCCAGCAGCGAAGUGACGAGGCUAGAUCUGACCAUCGAUGAGACUGACGUGAUUCGGGGUGCCGGAGAGGUGCUAAAGGUUAUCAGGCCACAUUGGCGCAGUGACAGCGUCCGGUUCAAGCUAUUUACCGAUGGGAUCACCAACAAACUGGUCGGAUGCAUCAAUCAGAACAAUAACGCCAACGAUGACGAUGAUGACACCGCGGAUGACGAAACGCACGACGUCGUGCUGAUACGGGUCUAUGGGAACAAAACCGACCUGCUAAUCGACCGGAAGAAGGAAACGGAGAACAUUUGUCUGCUGCAUCGGUACGGAUAUGCGCCCACCCUCUACGCCACGUUCCGCAAUGGGUUGGCGUAUGAGUUCGUCCCGGGCGUUACGCUUACACCGGACAGUUGUCGAGAGGAACGGGUGUGGCCGCUGGUCGCCAAACGCAUGGCCCAGAUGCACAAGGUGCGGGAUGAGUCGGUUGGCGACUGCCGGAAACCAAUGCUACCGGACAAACUCGAUCAAUUCCUCAAACUAGUGCCACAGGUUUUUAGCGAUCCGGUAAAACAUUCAAGGAUAUCGCAAAUCUUCCCCAAGACGGAUGAACUGAGACGUGACUUUGACGAACUGUACAAACGGUUAAAGCAGCUCAACAGCCCGACCGUGUUCUGCCACAACGAUCUUCUGCUUGGGAAUGUCAUUUACAGUGCCGAUCGAGACCAAGUCACGUUCAUCGACUACGAGUACGCCGCAUACAACCACCAGGCUUUCGAUAUCGGCAAUCACUUUACGGAGUUUGCAGGAAUUGAUGAAAUCGACUAUGACCGGUACCCGGCGAAGGAUUUCCAACUGCGAUGGUUGCGAGUAUAUCUGGAGGAAUUCAACGGCGAGGGUGAGUGCACCGAUAGUGACGUGCAGCGGUUGUACGUGCAAGUCAAUCAGUUUGCCCUGGCGUCGCACUUCCUGUGGGCGGUUUGGGCACUCAUCCAGGCGGAACAUUCGACCAUCGAUUUCGACUUCAUACAAUUCGGUGAGACCCGCUACCGCGAGUAUCUUCGACGUCGCGACGAGUUCCUUUCGCUGACAUAUCAAAACUGAACCUCGAACACCUGACCAUAGAGAGCAGCAAUCAAAUUUUCAAACAUUGGGAAUGAAUGGGAGCUCAAAGCUCCUCCUCCGGCAAUCAAGGGUAACCAGAACCAGCUCAGCUUAGCAUGUUUUUUUUUGUUUGUACUAGGAAAAAUCUCGAACACUGCACUGCGAUAUCCAUUCCACUUUGCUUUUACCGCUGGACCGUACAACUCAUCACACCUGUUGACCGAACUGAGAAGAAAAAGAGUGCUCACCCGGACGUAGGCCAAAGUAAUUUUUGUGUGUUUGUAGCGUUUAUAUUUUAGGGCGGGAUUUUUACCCUCAGAAUGUACAACUAUUGUUCGUUUUUUUAAGGUUAUGAUAUUGUAAUAAAUUAAAUAAAGUUGUCAAAUCGAU